UUGUUCAAAGGAUUUUUCCAUGACGCACUGGAAUAUGGAUGCAGUCACUGCCAGAUCAGGAUCUGGUGACCUUUCAGGAAGUUGCUGUGUAUUUCACAAAGGAAGAGUGGGCUCUUCUGGAUCCUGGCCAGAAAGAUCUGCACAGAGAAAUCAUGGCGGAGACUUGUGAGAUUGUGGCCUCUCUCGGAACUGUGAAAACGAGUACGACAAAGGAAGAGCUGCAGAAAAGAAGAACCAAAGCAAAAGAAAAGUGGAGGAAGAAAUUGGGUUUUUCUCAAGAUGGAGACUCCCUUAAACUCCCACUGCUUGAAGAGUGUUUCACAGGAAAGGAAAAUGAAAUAUUCUUUCCCUGGGCAAAAACCUUAACUAGGGUUUCAAGUGCUGGAGUACUAACAGGGGUGUAUGGAGUAAAGGAAUCAGUUAAACACUCAGAGUAUGGAAAACCAUUCAAGUGGAAGGUACAUGCUAUUGUGCAUCAAAGAGCCUGUAGAGGAGGAAAAUAUGUUGCACAUUCAGUGUGUAAAAAGAACUUCAGUGGGUGCAAAAGUCUGACUAAAAAUCAAAUAGUCCAUGUAGCAAACAGAGUUUACAAAUGCUCAGAUUGUGGAAAGAGUUUCAAAUGGAGUUUCAACCUUCUUGUCCAUAAAAGACUUCACAGAGAAGAGAAACCAUACAGAUGCUCGGAGUGUGGAAAGACCUUCAAACACAGCAGUACCCUUAUUGAGCAUGUAAGAACACACACAGGAGAGAGACCAUACAAUUGCUCAGUGUGUGGAAACAGCUACAAAUAUGCUAAUGGGCUUAGUAAACAUCAAAGAAUCCACAGAGGAGAGAAACCAUUUAAAUGCUUGGAAUGUGGGAAAGACUUCACAGAAAAAAGUAGCCUUAUUCACCACCAAAGAAUCCACACUGGAGAGCGACCUUAUAAAUGUUCAAUAUGUGGAAUGAGUUUCGGGCACAGCAAUGUUCUUGUUAACCAUCAAAGAAUCCAUACAGGAGAAAAACCAUAUAAAUGUUCAGAGUGUGGAAAGAAUUUCCGACAGAGAGGUGUUCUUGCUAAACAUCAAAGAAUCCAUACAGGAGAGAAACCAUAUAAAUGUUCAGAAUGUGGAAAGAGCUUUGGCGACAGUGGUAUUCUUGCUAAACAUCAGAGAAUUCACACAGGAGAGAAACCAUAUAAAUGUUCAGAAUGUGGGAAAAGCUUCAGACAAAAAGCUAGUCUGCUAUACCAUCAAAAUAACCAUACAGGAAAGAGACCAUACAAAUGUACAGAGUGCGGAAAGAGCUUCAAAGAGAACCGGGCCCUUACUAAACAUCAAAAAAUUCACACAGGAGAGAGACCAUACAAAUGCUCAGAAUGUGGCAAAAGCUUCACAGAAAAAGCAGGACUUGUCUGCCAUCAAAACACCCAUACAGGAGAGAGACCAUACAAAUGCUUAGAGUGUGGAAAGAGCUUCAGACGCAACAGUAAUCUUUUUGAGCAUAGAAAGACCCACACAGGUGAACGACCCUACAAAUGUUCAGAGUGUGGAAAGAGCCUGAGAAACUGGAGUGGACUUACUAAACAUCAAAGAACCCACACAGGGGAGAAACCAUAUAAAUGUUCAGAGUGUGGGAAAAACUUCACACAGAAAGGUGGUCUUACUAGCCAUCAAAGAAUCCACACAGGAGAGAGACCUUAUAAAUGUUCAGAGUGUGGAAAGUGUUUCAUGUACAGCAAUGUUCUUGCUAGCCAUCAAAGAACCCACACAGGAGAGAGACCUUAUAAAUGCUCAGGAUGUGAAAAGACAUUUACAGAAAGAAGUGGCCUUCACAAACAUCAAAAAGUCCACAUAGGAGAGAAAUAGUAUGAUUGCUCAGAGUAUAGGAGGACCACACAGAACUGGACUUCAUUCUCACUUUAAAAAAGAUAACUCUGUUGAAAACAACUUUAAAUACUCCCAAGUUGAGUCAAAACUUAAGUCUUAGGUGCAGUCUUUCUGUGUACCACAUAAUCUACACUUUCUUGAGAUCAGGCUUCUCCCUAUACUCUGGCAUGGAGGAAAGAAAGAAAAUGUAGAAAGGAUGUGUUAGAAAUAAAUUUCCACAAAAACAGAUACAAACUGUUGUUAUUCCUUAUAGCCUUCCAAUAAGGAUGAUGUUCAUGGGUCCCCAUGUAUACCUUGGAAAGACUUGAAAAUAUUGAAUUACAAUGAAAUUAAUAUCUUUGCUGUAUGCUGUGUAUUCUGUAUGCCGUGACAUGUCAGUUGCCAGUCUAGAACUGAAUGUUUAGUGUGAUAAGUGGCAGAGGGGAGAAGAAUAAAUGAGUAAAAAGGUAAACCUGGGCAUCACUGGAGUUCAAAACAGCCUGUACCUUUCUUCUGAAGUGUAGGUCUUCACUUUUGGUUAGAUUGGUGUGAUUAUUUUCUCUUUAUAUGUGCAAAACUGGUGUACUGCUGGCAGGAUAGAGCAAUCUCUAAAACGUACAAAGAAAGACAACCAAAUACAUAUUCAGAGUGUGAAAAUUAUUUCUGAGGAGUGACCUUACUACACAUCAACGAAUACUCACAGGAUAAAGAGAAAAGUUUCGGAAGACACUUCAGCAUAGCAAUGGUUUGAUAACCAUCAAAUUAUCUGGAAAGAAACCAUAAAUAAAUUCUUGGAGUGUGGAAAGAGCUUCAUUUCCAGCCAAAGCCUAACAUCGCACCACUAAACACACAAACCAUAUAAUUGUUAUGAGCAUGGAAAUAAAUUUUGUACUAGUCAUAACCAUGUUUUAAACAUAGUUUAAUAUACAAAUUACAAAUACAGGAUGGGCAUCUGCUUGGAUAUCAGAAUGUAGGAGAGGAACAAAUUAUAUAGGCUAACAAUCUUGUAAGAUGUUUUAAAAAUAAACUAGCAU